ACUUCGGACAAAGCAGGGCGCCAUUCUCAGAAGACACAAGUUUUCGUUUUUCCCUAGAGUUCAGUGGCCCAGGGUGGUUUGUUUUGUUCACAAAGACACUUUGUCGAAGAGUUCAAAAACAAAGUGCAAAAAAAUAACUUAUUAAUGAAGAUACAGCUACGGGCUGGGGUUACAAGUAAAAGUCUUCUGGCAAGAGACUGUUUUUUAUCGCUGAAAUUGUCUCAGGAGGCCGAAAAUGUUGUUUGAGUACAUUGUCUAAAGAUUCCAAGGAGCCUGAAAUACAUGAAAGUCAGUAUAAGUUGGUGACGACGACGACGACGACUGCUCAGCAAAGGUUACGUGGCGAUGUGACGUCACCUAGCAGCAGCCUACAGUGGGUGAGCAGAUGUCCAGCAGCUGCCACGUCCACAAAUCGUAAUGACCCUCAUCAAUGCUCAUCCUUGUGUAAGGACAGCAUGGUGAGUAGAGGACAAGUGUAGUAACAUGAGCUGGGGCCACGUGACAUUGUACUAUCGUGACGUGUACACCCACCAGCUAUACUGCACGGAUUAGCUUUCACUGACCAUGGAAGUGUGAAGGUUCACUGUGAGGAAAGAGUAUAAAUGUGGGUGAUUCCACCUGUCAGCACCUACACAGGUAAACAUGUCUUCAGCAACACUCCUCCUGCUGCUGGCUCUUGGGGGCGUGUGCCAUUGUUUUCGGUGUCCCACCUCAUGGGUUCAGUAUGGCGAUUCUUGCUACACCUACAUUUCACAGCCACUCACCUGGGUAGACGCAGCUAGUCUCUGCAGGGCUCUGGGAGGCUACCUCACUGAAAUCACCUCCGCUGCUGAAAACAAUUUUGUGCGGAAUUUGAUUGGAAGGAACAGUGCCUGGAUGGGAAUCAACGACAUCUUGCGCAAUGGACGCUGGGUGCUGACGUCCAGUGGCAGACCCUUGCCCUACGCCAACUGGGCGCGUGGAGAACCCAACAACCACGGAGGGUCCGAGACCUGUGGUCAGAUGUUCCCCAACGGUCGCUGGAAUGACCACAGAAUGUCUCACGCGAUCCCGUCAGUCUGCGAGAGGAGAACGUUCCGCUGGUUCUAAAGACCCGGAUGUAACACUCGGCGCUAGAGAGGCUCCCUGGUUGCCUCUGCUGACAUCGGCAAUAAAUACAAUGAGCUAAACCGUUUUAGAUGAACUGGAAAAUAUAUGUUUGGGACAAAAUAAAUCCUAU